AGUUUGUCCUGCCGGAAAGCAGCUCGCCGCCACGGCAUUUUACGUUACCGGUGGUGACAGGCCCGGGGAACAUCCAACUUCCUCCCUUCAGCUAGGUGAGAGCCGACGUGAUGUUCGGUGCCGGAGACGAGGAUGACACCGACUUCCUCUCGCCAAGCGGCGGAGCCAAGCUGGCUUCUCUUUUUGGACUGGAUCAAGCAACCAUGGGCCAUGGAAAUGAAUUCUUCCAGUACACAGCCCCAAAGCAGCCUAAGAAAGGCCAGGGACUAGCAGCAACAGGAAAUCAGACAGCACCAAAACCAGCACCAGCUACUACAGGCACGUCCUCAGUGCUGUUUGCCACUGCAGUGCAUGCAUACCGCUACAUAAAUGGUCAAUAUGCAAAGCAGGGCAAAUUUGGAGCGGCUGUCCUGGGGAACCACACAACCAGAGAGUAUAGGAUUCUUCUUUACAUCAGUCAGCAGCAGCCAGUGACUGUUGCUACAAUUCAUCUGAACUUUGAACUAAUGGUUCGGCCCAAUAACUACAGCACCUUUUAUGAUGACCAGAGACAAAACUGGUCUAUCAUGUUUGAGUCAGAGAAGGCUGCUGUGGCAUUCAAUAAACAGGUGUGUGUGGCCAAGUGCAAUAGCAUUUCUUCCUUGGAUGCAGUGCUGUGUCAGGACCUGGUUGCAGCAGAAGGUCCUGCUGUGGAAACUGGAGAUUCUUUAGAAGUAGCUUAUACAGGCUGGCUCCUUCAGAAUCAUAUGCUGGGGCAGGUUUUUGAUUCUACUGCUAACAAAGACAAGCCACUUCGCCUGAAAUUAGGAUCAGGAAAAGUUGCCAAGGGCUUAGAGGACGGGCUACUAGGCAUGAAGAAAGGAGGAAAACGCUUAAUUGUCACUCCUUCAGCCUGUGCUGCUGGCUCUGAAGGAGUAAUAGGCUGGAUUCAGCCAACAGACUCCAUCCUGGUGUUUGAGGUAGAAGUUAGGCGGGUGAAGCUUGCCAGAGAUUCUGGCUCUGAUGGCCACAGUGUGAGCUCCCGGGAUUCUGCAGCUCCUUCCCCCAUCCCUGCUGCUGACAACCUCUCAGCUGAUCCUGUUGUGACACCACCCCUACCAUUGCCUCUCAAACCCGGGGAGUCGGCUCUUCGUUCUAAAUCUAACUCUCUCAGUGAGCAGCUCACUGUAAAUACAAGUCCUGAUACAGUCAAGGCCAAGCUGAUCUCUCGGAUGGCUAAAAUGGGCCAGCCCAUGCUGCCCAUCCUUCCACCACAGCUGGACUCCAAUGACUCAGAAACCGAAGAUGCAAGUGUUCUGCGAGGAGCUGGGCAGUCCCUUGUGACACCGUCUGUCCAGCCUUCUCUUCAGCCAGCUCAUCCGGUAUUGCCACAGAUGGCCUCACAGGCACCUCAGCCGACUGUUUCUGGGCUCCAGACACCCUCCGCUGCCUUGAUGCAAGCUGCAUCCCUUGAUUCUCACUCAGCUGUAUCUGGAAAUGCUCAGAACUUCCAGCCCUAUGCAGGUGUACAAGCCUACACGUUUCCCCAGACACCCUCAGUUACUUCCCAGCUGCAGCCUGUUCGGCCCUUGUACCCAGCACCACUGUCCCAGGCUCCUCACUUUCAAGGAUCAGGUGACAUGAUGUCCUUUCUCAUGACCGAAGCACGACAAUACAACACUGAAAUUCGAAUGGCAGUCAACAAAGUGGCUGAUAAAAUGGAUCAUCUCAUGACUAAGGUAGAGGAGUUACAGAAGCAUAGCUCUGGGAAUUCCAUGCUUCUUCCUAGCAUGUCAGUCACAAUGGAAACAAGCAUGAUUAUGAGCAACAUCCAGCGGAUCAUCCAGGAAAAUGAGAGACUGAAACAGGAGCUGCUUGAGAAAAGCAGUCGUAUAGAAGAGCAGAAUGACAAAAUUAGUGACCUCAUCGAACGAAAUCAGAGGUAUGUUGAGCAGAGUAACCUGAUGAUGGAGAAGAGGAACAACUCACUUCAAACAGCCACAGAAAACACACAGGCAAGAAUAUUGCAUGCUGAACAAGAGAAGGCCAAGGUGACAGAAGAGUUAGCAGCAGCCACUGCACAAGUCUCUCACCUGCAACUGAAAAUGACUGCUCACCAGAAGAAGGAGACAGAGCUGCAGCUGCAACUGACAGAAAAUUUGAAGGAGACAGAUCUUCUCAGGGGCCAAGUCACUAGACUCCAGGCCGACCUCUCAGAGCUUCGAGAAGCCUCUGAGCAAACACAGACCCAAUUCAGAAGUGAAAAGCAGAGCCGGAGGCAGCUGGAGCUCAAAGUAACCUCCCUGGAGGAAGAGCUGACUGACCUCCGAGCUGAGAAGGAGUCCCUUGAAAAGAACCUCUCAGAGAGGAAAAAGAAAUCAGCUCAGGAGCGCUGCCAGGCAGAGGAGGAGAUGGACGAGAUUCGCAAGUCGCACCAGGAGGAACUGGACAGACUUCGGCAGCUCUUGAAAAAGGCUCGAGUGUCCACAGACCAAGCAGCUGCAGAGCAGCUGUCUCUUGCACAGGCUGAGCUGCAGAGCCAGUGGGAAGCUAAGUGUGAGCAGCUUUUGGCCUCUGCAAAGGAUGAACACUUGCAGCAGUACCAAGAAGUAUGUGCACAGAGGGAUGCCCACCAGCAGAAGCUGUCUCACCUUCAGGAUGAGUGCUUAGCUCUCCAGGCCCAGAUCGCAGCCUUCACUGAGAAGAGUAAGUCCCAGGCACCUGCUGGCAGAGCUGCUGCUGACUCCUCAGAGAAGGUCAAGAAGAUCAUGAACCAGGUGUUCCAGUCACUGAGGGGAGAGUUUGAGCUGGAAGAAUCUUAUGAUGGCAGGACCAUUCUGAGGACCAUCAUGCAUACAAUCAAGAUGGUGACGCUUCAGCUAUUGAACCAUCAGGAGGAAGAGCAGGGAGAGUGCAGCAGUGAGGAGGAAGAGGAAAAGCCUCUGAGACCUUCCCUGGAGCAGCCAGGCCCUGCCACCCCUGGGAUGCCUCCAGCACCCCCAAGUGGGGAGACGCAGGAGGCUCCCAAGGUGCUGUCAGAACAGGUAGUAGGGGAAUCUACCCCACUGCCUCUACAGGCUCUUCCCAUGCCAGAGCAUGGUUCACAGACAAGGAAAGGGGAGCCCUCAGAAGCAGAGGUACCCUCAGGAAUCAAAAACAGUUCUCUCCCACCUGAGCCAGCUGGCAUCCCAGCCCACAGAGUCCUGGGGCCUCCGAGUUCAAUCCCACCUAAACCUCCAGGACCUGUAACUAUGGACUCUGAAUCUGAGGAGACACUUGCUGGUGGCCAGAAAACAGUGCAGCCCAGCAGCCUAUUGGGAGAAGAACAUGUCAGGGAAGUAGCCACAGAUGGCCUACAGCAAGGAAACUCCAGGAGAUUGUCAUUGACUCCAGACCCUGAGAAGGAAGAGCCACCAGUCUUAGACCCUGAAAGCCCAGAAGGAGGACCUCAGUCUCCUGAGCUCAAACAAGUUGAGGAUAUAAGUAGCUCUGGUCCCCGUGAGACAUUGUUGGACACAGAGCUUGCUUCAGCAGCUACAGGAGCAUCCGUCAGACACAGCCAGGGCUCCCAGCACCACAGUCUCUCUGGGGAUGAAGAGGACGAGCUGUUUAAAGGGGCAACUCUGAAGGUUCCGAGACCCACAGCCCAGCCUGAGGAAGAGGAGGAUGAAGAUGAGGUGGUAAGGAAAGCUCAGGCUCUGCCGAGUCCUCACACCACCACCUGGGGGCUCUUCCCUGCAGGCUCAGAGAUGAGAAAAGGAGUCUGUUGGUGGCUUAUUUCCUGGACUCUGUGUACAGGACCCUGUGGGAGUAAGCUUGGGGCUCAGAGUGGACAGCUCUGUAAGCAUGGUGGGGAUGGCCAGCUGCCACUGUACUCUUAAGAGGGCACUGUAAGCUCUAGGCUCUGGGGAGCCAUUCCCAUUUGGAGUGAGGGAAGGUGGGAAGGAUUCCAAAGAUCAGCUUGUUGGAUCUCCUCAUCUCUAGCCAAAGAGACAGGUCAGAAGGAUCAUUCAGGAACCCGCUCUUGGGGCCACUUGUUUCUAAGAAUGUUUGCUCACCUGGCCCACUUCCAAUCUGCUGUUGGUCCUAGGCAGUAGGUGGCUUCAGUGUUGACAGUGUAGCUUCAGCUUAGGGAACAGGAGAGCCAGGGACAACAAAGGAAGUUGCUGACAGAGCUGGGAUUGGAGCCCUGGCUUGCAUCUUACACUUGACCAUUUGGCUCUGUAAUGGGAAUUUCACUGUCAGGAAAUGUGUGUAGAGGAGACAAGAGCAUUAGACUCAGUCCAUCCCCAGGUCAAAAGUAUGACUGAAUAUGAACAAAGCCUAUUGCCCUUCUACGCCAUCCACCUGGAGUCCGUUCUGCUUUUCACCAGAAGGCAGUGACACCUGGAACCCAGCUCAGGUGAAUCAGAGCCCUUUCCUCUUGCCUGCCUUCAGAGAGGUGUACCAACGCCUCCAUUCGUCUGCCUUCCUAAGAACUAAGUUUGCAUCUGAGAAUACUAAGUACAAAUCCUGCAUAGAAAUAGAAGGAAAUACUGUCAGAUCUAUCAAGUUAAUAAUCUGUUUUUUGGGUACUCAGAAAAGUACAUCCUCAUUUAACCUUCUACUGAUAUGUCCUAUAGAACCGAGGGUUGAAGCUCAAGGAGACCAAAUAAUGUAACUCAGGUUAUAUGAUGAGUAAACACCAAUCGGACCCUUGGCCAGAACAAAACAGAAGCUGCAGCCCACAUUUCAUAGUCCUGCACGGGUGCUUUCCAAGAUUGCUUAGCCGAUGCCUGGAGAGAAAUGCAGGUCUGCUAAUAGGUGGACUAGAGGAUAAACUCAGUCUUCCCUGGCCUGGCUCCCUGCUUAGCAGAAGCUCACAGAGAAGAAAAUGCCUCCGAGAUUAGCCCAGUGUUAUCCUUAUCUGCAGUCACAGGCCCUGUUGUCACCCUAGCAAACCAGAGGAAAAGCCAGAGCUUGAAUCGUGAAGAGUAGAAGAGUCUCUUGCAUGGCUUCUUGUGUCAGUGAGCAUUGUUACUGGCACAAACGUCUGACACAGGAAGUACGUAAAGACAGGAAGUGCAUUUUGGCUCACAGUUUCACAGGUUUUAGUCCAAGAUGGGUUCACUCCAUUGCUAUUAGGCCUGUGGAAAGUUAUGUGUAGAGAAAAAUGCAGGAGAAAAGAAAGAAGUGAAAGACUGAGGGAGGAGGUCAGAGCUCCCCUCUACUCUGAGGACAACCUCUAAUCAUCUGAGACUUUACCACCAAAGCAAAGUUCCCACCACCUCCCAAUGCUACCAGGCUGAGGCCUUGAACCUUUAACACAGCAGCCUUUGGCUGGGACUCGGGCGUCCUAGCAUGCUUAGCCAUCUCACCCCACAUUAAAGAGAACAUGGGCCCUGCCUUUGCAGACUGUUUCUAAUCUCUUGGGAUAUUCCACUUGAGUUUGCCUCUACACACACAUCUUUAUGAGUUUGACUGGCCACCCCAGGCGACAGCUGGCUUUCAGCUAUAACUGUCAUCUUCCCUUAUUCUCUGGUCCCAGGCUGCUUUGCUUCUGUUUCUUUCUCUUAUCCCAUCUCUCCUCAGUGACCCUUUUUCACAUGAAAUGUGUAAGUUGGCAUAUCUGUCCAAUCAGUAUGCUUGUUUCACAAAUAAACUACGAAAUCAGCCAAGUAGAGU